AUGCGGGGGGCCCGGGCCGCCCCCUUCCGGCCGCGGCCGAAGCUGGUGCUGCUGCCUCUGCUGUUGCUGCUGGGCCACCGGACGCGGUCCCAGGGUGACCCUGGGCCACUGCAGUGCUAUGGAGUUGGACCCUUGGGCGACCUGAACUGCUCGUGGGAAGCUCUUGGGGACCUGGGAGCCCCCUCCACGCUGAACCUCCAGAGCCAGAAGUACCAUUCCAACAGAACGUGGACUGUGGCAGUGCCCACUGGACAGAGCUGGGUGACCGUCCCCCGGGAGCAGCUUACCAUGUCCGAUGAACUGCUUGUGUGGGGUACCAAGGCAGGCCAGCCUCUCUGGCCCCCAGUCUUCGUGAACCUGGAAACCCGAAUGAAGCCAGAUGCCCCCCGGCUGUACCCUGACGUGGACUUUUCAGAGGAUGAGCCCCUGGAGGCCACUGUCCAUUGGGCCCCACCUGUGUGGCCACCCCAUAAGGUCUUGGUCUGCCAGUUCUACUAUCAAAGAUGCCAGGGGACAGCCUGGACCCUGCUGGAACCAGAAGUGAAGUCCAUGCCCCUGGCCCCUGCUGAGAUCCAGAACCUGGAGCUGGCCACUGGCUAUGAGGUGCGUGGCCGCUGCCGAAUGGAGAAAGAAGAGGAUCUGUGGAGCGAGUGGAGCCCCAUUUUGUCCUUCCAGACACUGCCCUCUGCUCCAAAAGAUAUAUGGAUAUCUGGGAACCUCUGUGGGACACCAGGCAGACAGGAACCCCUGCUUCUGUGGAAGGACCGGGGGCACUGCGUGCAGAUGAGCUAUAAAGUCUGGUUCCAGGCUGAAGACCAGGAGCUGAUCCAGAAGACGGCUCCCUGCUGCAGCUCCUUCAUCCCCACCCAGGCCGAGUGGGUCGGGGUGUCUGCCGUCAAUGCCACGAGCUGGGAGCCUCUCACCAACCUUUCUUUGGCCUGCUUGGGUACCGACGUCACCCCCCAUGGCGUGGUGGUCAGCAACGUUGCCGGCAGCACAGAGCUGCUGGUGACUUGGCAGCGGGGGUCUGGGGAGUUGCAGGAGCAUGUGGUGGACUGGGCUCGAGACGGGGAUCCCCUGGAGGACCUCAACUGGAUCCGGCUUCCCCCUGAGAACCUCAGUGUUCUGUUGCCAGGGAAUUUUGAAGGAGGGGUCCCCUACCGAAUCACAGUGACAGCAGUCUCUCCUUGGGGCUUGGCCCCUGCCCCCCCAGUCUGGCGGUUCAGAGAGGAACUGGCACCCCUAGCCGGGCCAGUGCUUUGGCGACUCCAGGAUGCCCCCCCAGGGACCCCCGCCAUAGCGUGGGGAGAGGUCCCAAGGCACCAACUCCGGGGCCAUCUCACCCACUACACUGUGUGUGUACAGAGCGGGACCAGGCCUUCUGUCUGCAUGAAUGUGAGUGGCAGCACCCGGAACAUCACCCUGCCCGACCUUCCUUGGGGUCCUUGUGAGCUGUGGGUGACCGCAUCCACCAUCGCGGGACAGGGGCCACCUGGUCCCAGCCUCCGGCUUCACCUACCAGAUAACACCCUGAAGUGGAAAGUUCUGCCGGGUGUCUUUCUGCUGUGGGGCUUGCUCCUGACAGGCUGUGGUGUGAGCCUGGCCACCUCUGGAAGGUGCCUCCACCUUCGGCACAAGGUACUGCCCCGCUGGGUCUGGGAGAAGGUUCCAGAUCCGGCCAACAGCAGUUGUGGCCGGCCCCACAUGGAGGAGGUGCCGCAGGCUCAGCCCCCCGGGGACUUCCCCAUCCUGAAAGUGGAGGAGAUGGAGCCACUACCGGUUCUGGAGCCCCCCCAGGCCCCCCCGCAGCUGGACUCUGGCUAUGAGAAACACUUCCUGCCCACCCCCGAGGAGCUGGGCCUUCUGGGCCCACCCCCAGGUCCUGAGUUCUGGCCUGAACCCAGCCCAGGCCAGGAGAGGGGUGCCCAUUUGACAGAUGAAGACACUGAGGCUCAGAGAGGCUGA